GCCAUUCCUUCCUUUCCUCGCACCUGUGACUUCUUGACCUCUCUCUCUUUUUCUCUUUCCUUCUCUGCAAAAAAUCUCGUUCUUUACCUAAGCUUUGUGUUGUAAUUUUCAUUUGCAUCUUCUUCUUGCACCUGAGAGUUUUCGAUCUUGCUCUGUGCAUUCAGGCUUCUAAUUCGCGGAUCAUCACCAAUCAGAGAAUUUAAGUUCUUGGAUUUUGUACUAAUCAGUUCAUAACGGAUCAUGCGGAAUGGUUGGUUUUUUCUUAUGGAUGUUGAUGGAGGAUCUCCAUAUAUCCUCCCCACAGAGCCUCUUCUAUCCCAAAAUUUUGGGGGUCAUUUAUUGUCCCACAUUGGGUCAUUUGUCGACAAUUCUCUCCAUUUCUCCAGAUACUUAAAUGUCCCUGGAAGUUUAGCCAUUCAAGAAGCUUUUAGUUGCAUUUCAAAGUUUGCUGGAGCUUUAUUAUUCUUGUUUUCAAGUAGGUCAAAUGGGCAUGUAAAACCAUCAGGCAGUCGUCCACAUGGCUCAAAUCCUAGAAAUUGUAAAACUUGCUCCCAAUUUAAGCAAGUUACUUCAUGUAGACAUAAUACUAUGGGGUUGCAAUUUAGUUUUAGAUCAAGAGGAGUGUCUUCUGCCCCAUUUCUUUUUGGUAAGAUAGCGAGCUCCACAAUCAGACACUUGUGCAAGGAAUUUGAACAGCUUCAAUCAAUUCCUGUGCUCUCUCUAGCUGCUGCUUUGGUUCCGCCGCUUGACAAAAACCUAUCCUCAAGGGUCCUAGCUAUCCCUCUUGAGAGUACUGAUGUAGAAAUCAAUGGCCACAUGAAUCAAGAACCGUGCUUGGAUGAGCGUCGAGGAUGUGCUACCUUUUCUUUUGUAGACAUGAAUUGGACAAGGCAAGCAGUUGAGCCAAGAACAGGCAUCGAAUUUCCGACAAUUUUGGAAUUAGCUGGAGAAAAUAACUCCAGUUUGACUUCAGAGGUCCUUGUUGGAACUGGUUCCAGGACUAUGAGAAUACUCAAAAUAAAAUCUCUGAAGGUGUAUGCAUUUGGUUUAUAUGUUCAUCCAGACUCAGUUUGUGAGAAACUGGGGCCAAAAUAUGCUUCUGUGCCUGUCAGUGAACUCAACAACCGGCAAGACUUUUUUGACGAUCUUCUCAGGAAGGACAUUGACAUGACUGUUAGGCUUGUGGUUAAUUGCAAUGGGCUUAAAAUCAAUACAGUGCGAGAUGCUUUCGAGAAGUCUCUCCGAGCUCGGAUGUUGAAGUUGAACCCUAACAGUGAUGGUCAAUGCCUAAAAUCUUUUCGUUCAUAUUUCACUCGUGAUAUUCCAUUACCUGAGGGUACAACAAUUGAUUUCCGACAAACAGCUGAUGGGAACCUAAUCACUGAAAUUGGUGGAGAACAAAUUGGAGCAGUUCAUAGCAAGGAUCUAUGCAGAGCUUUCUUUGAUAUGUACAUUGGGGAUGUACCUGUAUCAGCAGAAGCAAAAGAAGAGAUUGCCAGAAACAUUGGCAGUAUAAUGAGAAGGUGCUAAGUUGGUUGGAAUGCUGGACGCUGUUCUCUUCCUCGUCCUACUUCAGGUACAAUCCAUUAGAUGUUGAUGCAGUGAAGCAAUUGACUUCUCAUGACCAUGGAUCUAUCAUACUCACUGAGCUGAGGCAGAGUUAUUAAGAGAGUUCCAGCCGAGGGAAUGCAAGAGCUCGAUAAUUUUUUUAGGGGCAAACUUUCAAAGGCGUAGGUAGAUUUUUUUUAGAUUUCCAGCUGGUUGGAGACUGGAGAUCACGGCGGUGUUAGAUAUCUUUAGACUUGAUUACUGCUUUACUGUUACUUUCAGACUAGGGGGUUUAUCUGCAAUCACAGUCAGUGUAGCGCCCUUGUAUCUUUACAAAGGUAAAAUGAUUGUAUUGUAAUGCCACUUAAUUCACAAAUGAAUGAAGGUUUUAGGGGCUCAAAUUUUCACA